AUGGCUGAUACUCUCGGCGUGGAACAGCCUGAUCUUUCUGGUGUUGGCAUCACCUCAACGCACAAGCGCAAGCGUGACUCCGAGUCUGCAUCCCCUGAUUCCCGUCGUUCUAGGCGGGGUCAACCAGCGGCAGUUAUGGGGGAGCCAGAUGCUGCCACAGCAGCCUUCAUCGAGAGUGCUGUUAACGCAGCUCAGGCUGCCCAGGAGCAUGUCAAUGUAGACGAUUUCAGUGCUCUUCAGCAAGCUGCUGCCGAUCACAGCGAGGCAGCUGAUCCAGCCAAUGCCUCCAGCACUGCCGCUGCCGCACUUGGGUCUAUGUAUCCCACUCUACAUGUUCCACAGUCCACCGAGGAGACCUUUGCUGCCCAAACCGGUGCGGAAGUCGAUCAUCAUCCUGAUACCUCUUUCAACACGUCGGCUGUGAGUCAGCCCGAUGGUCUCCCUGCUCCGACAGCUCCCAUGCAGCACCCAAAUGGUGUUCAGGAACAGCGAUACAGUGGCCCUGCCAACCCCAAGCCAGCAGUUGGGUCUGAGGAAUGGCACAAGAUGCGGAAGGAUAACCACAAAGAGGUCGAGCGUCGCCGCCGCGAGACCAUCAAUGAGGGCAUCAACGAGUUGGCCAAGAUAGUUCCUGGCUGUGAGAAGAACAAGGGGUCAAUCCUCCAGCGCGCUGUUCAGUUCAUCACACAGCUCAAGGAGAAUGAGCAGCAGAACAUUGAGAAAUGGACUUUGGAGAAGCUGCUUACAGAGCAAGCCAUUGCGGAACUCAGCACUUCUAAUGAUAAGCUCAAGCAGGAGUGCGAUCGCCUCUAUCGCGAGUUGGAGACUUGGAAGAAGGCUGCUCAAAGUGAGAAGGAUGAGCCUGGUAUCUCUGGCUAG